AUGUCAUCAAAGCAUUCUGAAAAUACUUCAAAUACUCGUUUAGAGAAUGAAUUACGCGUUUUAUUAGAAAAGAAAUCAUCUCUAAAAUCUAAAUUAAACGAUAAAAUAUCCUUAGAAGAUCAAAUACUGAAAUCGUUAUCAACUUCGUCUGAAAACAUCGCGAAAUCUCAAACUCUUCAUUGCUUUAGAUCUUUAGGUUUAUCUGCUUUCGAUAUUGACCUCACUAGAGGUAGAUGGGAACGAAGUAGGACUGAUAUUCUCAAACGCGGUCUUGCUAUCAGAAUAGAGACUUUCCUUUUCGAUAAAUUUUGGGAGCCUUACUAUGUAAUAUUAGCAAAAUCACAAGAUAGUGAUCUUAUACGCGUAGCGCAUCACACUAUACCACAUUUUAUCGACUUGCAACCACUCGGGGAUGCAUACCUUGGUUGGUCACCUCCAGAUAGCUCAGUUUAUGAAAUUACACCCCGUAUUAUCAACCCUUUCCGCUUCGUCAGUGAACUUCAACGCGCUUUAGUUGCCUACAUAGGCAGAAGAGAGAAGGUGAAGGAACUACAAGAUUAUGUGGAUGCUUGUUCGAGUGUCAAUAAUAUGAAAUUGACAGCCAACGACGGCUAUCGCAGCCUUGAUAUCGUUUGGGAAAUUGGCGAAGUAGAUAUACGCACCAAAAUUAUGCCUAAUGAAGAAUAUACUGAUAGAAGUUACAAGAGAUACUUUAGACUUUUAAUAGAGUAUGAGCUCUUCUCCUAUGAGCUCUACUUCAACAUUGGAUGGCCAUUAGACUUCGCAAGUGGAGGAGGAUUAGAAUUUAUUGGAGGAGAUGUGACGAUGGAACUGAUUAUAGACAAGCUACCAUCUGAUAGUCUACUUGGCCACCAAUCUGCUCAUCAGUUUAGACAAUUCCAACCGCAACUGCUUAGGCAUUGUUUUAUGAGACAUCGUGAAAAUAAGCAAGAGCUACUCGCUAAACAAAAAGUGCAGCUAGCUUACGAACAACACCAAACAUAUAAUGAUAUACCAGACAUUAUAGAGAGACUCAAUGGAGCUAUAUCUGACGGUGACCUACUCGAGAAACGAACACCAAAAGAAAUUACAAUCAAUGCUGAAGUUGAACCAGCUGAAGUUGCAGAAAGCAGUGAAUCUGAACUAGAAGAUGAAGAUCUCCUUCCACUUGCCGCCAGGACUCAAUAUGUACAAAAUAUUGUACAUUCCCCAGAGCCAGAAGGACAAGAGUUGUCGCCAGAACGCUUAGCACGGUUAGAAAGAUUAGAACGAAAGGAUAUGUCAGCACGAGUUGAGCGAGUUGAGCGAGUUGAGCGGGUAGAUUCAGAAGAGCCAGACGAGCCAGAGUCAUCAGAGCACUUAAAGAGAUUAAGAAGAUUACGGCGAUCACAACAAGAAGAGGGUGACGAGCGAUCAGUGUCGCAAGAAAUGACAACUGAGGAGAAAGAGGAGGCAAUGAUGAAAAAACGUCGAGCUGAAGCCAGACUUAAUAAGAGGCAACUUGAAACUGAAGGUCAACAUUUGAGGAGGGAGGGUGAUGUCACGGUAUCGUCGAGACGCUCAAGUCAAAGACUAUCUGGUGAUUAUGCGUCUGAUACCACUAGUCUUAUUGCCUUCCAGGAGGGAAUUGCGAAGGAUGCGAUUGGAGAUGCUCGCAAAGCGAGAGAGAACGCCUUAGGUGAAUUGAGAAAGUCAACAAUGAGGAAAAAGAAGGCAGAUGAUCAAGGUGGACCGUCAAAGACUAAAAAAAAGAGAACUGAACGGGUGCGAUCAUCGAGAGAAGAGAGAGAACAGUCGGAUGAGCAGUCGGAAGUUCAACAGGAAGAAGAACAUGCAGAUUCAACACCGACACCAUCACAAAGAACUAAAAGCACAGACACACCAUCAGAGUAAACAAA